AUGGUGCUGCUCAAUAGAAAGAAAAUACAGCCCAGUAAACUGCAGCAAUCUGCGGAUUUAACCGAGAAAACUACCUGGGUUAUAAAUGAAACAGGUGAACGUAUCACAAAUUAUGACAGUUACCUAGAAAGACAAGAGUUUUACAACAGGAAUGUAUUCACCUGCGAGGUUAGUGGAACUGAUGCUCUCUCUUACUUCACGGCAUUGAAAAGCGAAGAACAGCACCGUAAAGAGGUAGAAUCUCAUCUAUCAAAAGAACUAAGAAAAGCGAUAGCAAAUUAUGUAAAUUUCAAUUUGACAAGGAGAGUAUCAAAUCUUGUGGACAUAACAUUUCAGCGUUUCAGUAACCGAUUUUUUAGAGACGACAUAGUAUGCUUGAGAGGUGUCAAAAAAAAAAUAUUGUCUAAGCAUAAAGAUAAAGAGUACAGGUUAUUGGAACCUCAAAGUGUUCAGUGUAAUGCCACAUUGUUCGUUGUUAAAGAUGUAUUUCGAUCUAGCAAGAUCAUUGAAAGUGAAAUGGAGGAAACAGCCGCUCCAAGUUUGUCCCUGCAUUUAAUCACGGAAUGCCUGGACCAAAAAUCUAAAGGUUCAGCUUUGAUUGUGAACCAGAACGAGAUUGAAAGGCCAAAAUCGCACUUUUCGAAAUUCAGAAUUGCAUGUUUUCUCAACGAAAUACUCAUAAAAGUAUCAAAUAAGAAACAUGCACCAUGGAAAGUGAAACAAGAAUAUAUAGAAACAUAUGACGUGAGCCCUAAAUGCCCUCCCCAAAUGGUCAAAUAUCUACCAGAUGAACUGAACCCAGCUUCCACCGGGCUAUAUACACCCCUCACCAUACCACUGGAUGAAGAUACUGAGCCCGCUGUCUGGGAAGAGAGACCACUUUCGAAAAUGCAAAUAAUUAAUGACGAGAUUUCGGUUAGAUUUCAAAAUGUCUGUAAUACUGCAAAAAUAAUUAAUUGCAAUUCUUCAAAGGGAACUAUCAAUGACAAGGAGCUUCCAUUCACAGGACCAUCGACACCGUUUAAAAGCAUCUGCUACUUAGAUAGUUCCUUAGAAUAUAAAACUAUCGACCAGCGAUGGUAUGGAGAGUGUACUCGAUUUUCAACAGAACGACUAUUGGCUGUCUAUCAAUUUCUCAGCUCUUUUGGGCACUUUAUUGGUCUACCGCAUUUCAAUUUUGAUCAAUUUCUUACCACUAUAAAGUGCACUGAUUCAGAAACUCUAGUAGACGAAUAUGUGAAGAUAAACUUUGUCAAAGUCGAUCACAAUAAAAGUACUACCACAAAUGGGAAGCUAGGGGACGGAAAAGAGAACCAAAUAGUUAUAGGCAACGUAUCCCAGAAUGAAAGGACCAACAUUCUUGAUCCGGAUAAGGGCUACUUGUUACCAAGCAACUUCACAAGAAAUCAAGCAAUGAGAAAUUUUAUAAUGAACAGAAGUACUGAGUUUUUGAACUACUCGAUUUUCAAAGGUAAUGCUGUUAAUAGUGAAGCUGUGGAUUUAGAUUCUUAUGAAAAAGCAAGUGAAGUAUAUAUUACUAUAGUUUGUUCUUUAAUAUGCCUGGUGAAAAAUGAAAAAAAUGACUGGGAUUGUAAAAUGAUGAAAGAUCGGAUUGAAGAAAAGCAAAAGAUAGAAGAAGAAAAAACUACUGCUAAAGUAACCUUAGAAAAAUGUCUCAAUCAUGAAAAGAUUAGCUGGACUAAACUUUUAUCCAGAAAAAAUUUCAAGAACGGUAAUUGGUUGAUCUGUUUGUUGGGAAUACUUCAACAGAAUACACAUGUACCAACACAUAGUGAUAUCGUACAGUGUUUUGAGGAUAAAGUACUACCUUUGUCUAUGAACUUUGAUAAUUUAGGUGAGGAACUAUGGCAUAACUUUCGCACAAGAGUAUCUAAGAAAGAUAAAAUUGACGUUCUAUGGGUUCUUGUAGAAGUAGCUUCUAAUUUUUCGAAUUUUAUCAAGGAGCUAGUAGAUGGAGUACCGAAAUUGUACCAUGGGAUUCGUUCAGAACUGGACAGUGCAAAAAAAAAUUAUCAGGACUUGAAAUAUCAGUUACAAAACUUGCCCAAAGAACACAUACAACUUUACAAUAACAAUCCAGUAGAUGGACGUUCAUCAUAUGAAUACGAGACUAGAACAAAUGAGCUUAAGGUGAAAAUGGGUUAUUCAAUGGAGGAUAUCACCUAUUUAGAGGCACAAUUAGUUCAGAGCGAUGUUAAAAGGUUAGAAAUAUUAGGUAAAGAUAGAAAUGGAAAUCGAUUUUAUUGGAUGGAUUCAAAUUGGUUCUCUUCAUCCAAUUACCAAAAGAAUGAUUGGCAUUACAAUUGCUGUUACUUGUGGGUUCAAGGACCCUCUGAAGCGGAUGUGAGCUUUUACUUGAAUGUGGACAAAGAUUCUUUGAAAAAGUGGGAGUUAUCAGCAAGAGAAAAUGGCACUGCUUGUGCAACAAAGGAAGUAUUUUCAAUAUUCAAGUCAGCAGAAGGGUCUUACUUGCAAACUGGUCAAAAUGAAGAUGCCAUGUUGAUUGAUGCAAACGGCAUUUUAAGAAAAUCAACAGUUCUGUCACCUAUAUACAGAAAGAUAAUAUCAGAAACUCCAGAACAGCUCUUACUUUCUCCUGACCAAUGGAUUUUCUUCAGUGAUACAGGAGAUAUACCCAUGUUACUGGACAGGUUAGAUGAUCUAGGAGAAAAUGAACGCCAAUUAAAAAAAGCUUUGGCAUCCAAAAUGGACCGUAUCGAAGCGUCGUACAAGCAACAGCUCAGAGUGAAAAGAAGUGUUGAAUCAGAUAAAUCCUUCAAAAAAAACCACAAAAUCUUAAAAAUGAACGAGUUCACACUGUCUGAAUUAAAGAGAAUUGGGAGGGUUGGUAUACAUAAUGACGAAUAUCGUUCUACUAUGGAGAAAAUCGCCAAAGAACUAACGAGGGUACAUAAUGAUCAAAUUACAAAAAAAAUUUUCAAAGAUGUGGCACGCCUUGGAAGGUCUGAAAGGACUUUUCUCGAAAAGCAGUGUAGUUUACUUUAUCCUUUGGAUUUUCAUUUCGAACAAUUAAAAACAAUCGAUGAUGAUUUUAUUGUUAAAAUAAAGAAGCAGAGGCAAGAGGAAAUCCUCACGAAGCUUUUGAAUCAUCAGAGAAAUAAAUAUAUCAUUUCUACUGCAGACUAUAGGUCAAACCCUAUACAAGCAAAAAGGACUUCACACCAUAAUGUGCAAGACAUGUUAGAGGAAGUGAAAUGUCAACUUAAUUCAAGACGUAGAGAGAAUGAUAACAAUUAUUAG